AUGCACAUCUCAGUGUACACUCUGUCUGCUCAGGGCCCUGCCUGGCUCCAGAAGGAGAGCAUGGAAGAAGCAGCCAUGACUCCUGGGAGACUGGCCACCUGUCCACAGGAGCCAGUCACCUUCGCGGAUGUGGCCGUGCUGUUCACACCGGAAGAAUGGCUGUUUCUAGACUCUGCCCAGAAAAGCCUAUACAGAGACGUGAUGCUGGAGAACUACAGGAACCUGGCCUCUGUGGGUGAUCAACUCUGCAAAACCAGGAUGUCUUCCCAUAUGGAGCAAAGAGAAGAGCUGUGCGUCACUGAGAGAGGGGUCUUCCCAGGAGCCCAGUUAGGUCCUCACCUUCAACACCAAGACUCAAUUCCUAAUCAAGAUAUUUUGGCAGCGAUUCCAUCCAUUGGCAUGAAAAGGGAGCCACCUCAGGUCGGAGAAAACCUCUAUAAAUAUGAUGAGCUUGGGAAGCCCUUUGACAGCAUCAAACCGCUUUUUCAGUACCCGCGAUUUCCUGCUGAAGGAAGCCCCUUUGAAGGUCGAGAGAGCCGAAAAUCCUUCCUCCGGACCACCCGCCUCAUCGUGCCUGAGAAAGUCCCCAGCGGGGACAAAACCUACACGUGCGACAAAUGUGCAAGAUCCUUCCGGUACAGCUCCGAGCUCAUCCGGCACGAGAAGACGCACACCGCGGAGAAAUGCUUCGAGUGUCAGGAGUGCCGGCAGGCCUUCAAGUACUUCUCCAACCUGCGGCGCCACCUGAAGACCCACGGCGGCGAGAAGCCCUUCGAGUGCAGCCAGUGCGGGAAGACCUUCACGAGGAACUUCAACCUGAUCCUGCACCAGAGGAACCACAUGGGCGAGAAGCCCUACUCGUGCAAGGACUGUGGCAAGGCUUUCACCCAGCCGUCCUCGCUGAGGAGCCACAUGCGGACCCACACCGGAGAGAAGCCCUUCGAGUGCGGCCACUGUGGGAAGACCUUCCGGGAGCACUCGUCGCUGAAGACGCACGUGCGGACCCACACCCGAGAGAAGCCCUACCAGUGCACCCACUGCGGGAAGCCCUUCCGCACCAGCACCAACCUGAACGUGCACAAGCGGAUCCACACCGGCGAGAAGCUCUACGAGUGCGCCACCUGCGGGCAGGUCCUGAGUCGGCUCUCCACCCUCAAGAGUCACAUGCGGAUCCACACCGGAGAGAAGCCCUACCCGUGCCCGGAGUGCGGGCGCGCCUUCGGCGAGCCCUCGUCCCUCAGGAAGCACGCGAGGACCCACACCGGCAAGAAGCCCUACGUGUGCCCGCAGUGCGGGCGAGCCUUCGGCCAGUCCUCGCACCUCAUCGUCCACGUGAGAACCCACACCACGGGGAGACCCUACGAAUGCACUCAGUGUGACAAAGCCUUCCGACACAGCUCUUCACUCAGCGUGCACAAGAGGGUUCACGCCAGGGGAGAAAACGUCAGGACCGGCGACCUGCCUCUGUCUGUGUCUCUGCCCAUGGAAGGGCCCCUUGCUGAUUAACCUCCUGUUUCUACAGACUAAACACCCGGGGCGGUAAUCAUCUCGCCUAGUACACCUUUAGCGACAUCCUCUUUGGUGGCUCAGUGGUGAAGAAUCGCCUGCCAAUG